AUGGAACAAACUUCUAUUUUAGAAUUAGAAGAUGAACUUAAUCGUAUUGAUGUUGAUAGUAUUAAAUUAGAUGGUAUCAUACAAUUAAAAACAUGGCAAAAGAAAAUGUAUUCAUUGGUUGAUAAAACUUAUAAAGAUCGUAUGCAUGAAAUUGAUUCCAUAGCAUCAAAUAUAACAAAUGAAAUAAGAGAAAAACAAAAUCAAAUUGAAAAUCUUCAAAUAAAUGAUAAAAAUAUUCUUCAUCAAUUAAAACAUGAUAUUGAUUUAUUAAAAACUAAUCUUAUUAAUAUUAAUGAAUCAAUACCAGACAAUUUUUCUCACCGUAUUGAACGAACAAUUUGUAUUUCACGUAAUGAUGAAAAUCAAGAUGAAGAAAUCAUUGACGACGAUGAUGAUUAUGAUGAACCAGUUAUUGUUGAUAUUGAUAGAUAUGAAACACAUGUUGGAAAUCAAGUUGUUAUGGUUGUAGCAUCACCUCAACAAUCAUCAAUAAGAAAUGAAGAAGGACGAGUUUCGAAAAUUUUUAAUUCUCAACCUAUUCAACAUGCACUUUCUAUUGGUUUAGUUAAAACUUUAGCUCAUAUGGGUACAAUUGCAGCUACAAGUACAACAACUGUUGCUGCUACAACAAUGGCUAAAACAGCUGUUAUAGCUACUGCUUGUGGUAUUGGGACAAUAGCUUAUGGAGUUGGAAAAAUUGCACUUGGAACAACUAAAAAAGCUUGGUCAUUGAUUGUCUCAUCGGAAGAAUAA